CCCUCAUUUUCAGAGUUGCAGAAUAGAGGUAUAAGAGGAAGGACGGAAGGAGGAAGCGUAAGGCAGUAGAACUUGACAGAACAGCCUCUCUCCAGGGGGAUCGGUUAGGGAUCUUGAAACAUUUUGGUGGAUCUGUUCUCUUCUCGGCGGAUCCAAGAUGAAUAUCUUCAGAUUAGCAGGGGACAUGACCCAUCUCGCUAGCGUCCUUGUCUUGCUCCUCAAGAUCCACACCAUCAAAUCCUGCGCUGGCAUAUCUUUGAAGACUCAAGAACUCUACGCCCUUGUUUUUGUUGCUCGGUACUUGGAUAUUUUUACUGAUUUUAUCUCACUAUAUAAUACCACUAUGAAGUUAAUAUUCUUGGGGAGCUCGCUUUCAAUUGUCUGGUACAUGAGGCGCCACAAGAUUGUUCGUCGAUCUUAUGAUAAAGACCAAGACACCUUUCGCCAUUUUUACCUUGUACUGCCUUGCCUACUUUUGGCCCUUGUUAUUAAUGAAAGGUUCACCUUUAAGGAGGUAAUGUGGACAUUUUCCUUGUACUUGGAGGCUGUUGCCAUACUUCCUCAGUUGGUAUUGCUGCAGAGGACCAGGAACAUUGACAACUUGACAGGGCAAUAUGUUUUUCUUCUGGGUGGAUACCGAGCAUUGUACAUCCUCAACUGGAUUUAUCGUUUCUUCACUGAGCCACAUUAUGUCCACUGGAUAACUUGGAUAGCUGGGCUCAUUCAGACAUUACUUUAUGCUGAUUUCUUCUAUUAUUACUUCCAAAGCUGGAAGAACAAUGAGAGGCUCCAUUUACCAGCUUGAGUUCUUCUUGAAUGUCUUGUCAGCACCUUAAGGAUUCAGUGUAGCAUAUAUGGGAUAUAUAUUUGUUUGAGCACAGGUUCUUGAGCUUCAUUUCUUUUGUCCUCCUUUUUGUCCAUAUCGGUGCUUUCCAGGGCUUGUUAAACAUGGGGCCAGUAUUCUUCAUUUACUCAUUUUAAAGAGUUUUAAACAUGGAAUGCCAUUCCUAUCAUGAAAAUAGAGAUUUAUCCUAAUGGAACAUGUUUAACUGUCAUUAGGAAUCAGAUCACAUAUUCUUUUCUGGAAUCCUGUAUGGAUAAAUAUUCCAAAUUAAGGAUCAACAUCUGAAAGGAUUCUGUUGUAUUCUAGUUCUUGAACUUCAAAUUCCUGUUAUACAAA